UGAUUAGACUCUCUCUCUCUCUCUCCCCUCUCCAGUGCUUGUUUUGUUGAGUUUUUGUUUUGCAUUUUCACCCUGGUCUCUCAGUUGAUAGUUGAACUGAAGCAAAUGGAUUAUGCGCUUGUUGGGUCCUUCCCCAAAGCAUCUUUAGGUAGUAGCGUUUGGAGAAGGGACAAUCCCAACAAGAACUACUUUUCAGGUUCAUAUGUAGCAGUCAGGGUUUCAAGGUGCAAAGCAUGGGACGUCCUAGAAAGAUACUGUGGUGCUGGAUCUCAGCAACAUCUUUUGAAGCGUCAUACCAUAGGCACUAAGGAAAAGUCUACAUUCUACAGGAGGCAUGAUAAAAAGUUCUUGGUGAAUGCUACUGCUGGCCACCCUCUUGAAUCCGAACCUGAUACUUAUAAUCCAAAAAGCAUAUGGAACUCUAUCAAAAAUGGUGUAGAUGCUUUUUACAGGUUUUCAAGGCCGCACACAGUUAUAGGCACAGCAUUGAGCAUAAUGUCAGUUUCUCUCCUUGCAAUCGAGAAUCUGUCUGAUUUCUCUCCAUUGUUUUUCACGGGGGUGCUGGAGGCUGUAGUUGCUGCUCUGUUUAUGAAUAUUUAUAUUGUUGGUUUGAAUCAGUUGUCUGACAUCGAUAUAGACAAGGUUAACAAGCCUUAUCUUCCAUUGGCAUCGGGGGAAUAUUCAAUUGGAACUGGCAUCAUGAUUGUGACAUCUUUCCUAAUUAUGAGCUUUUGGCUAGGAUGGGUUGUUGGUUCAUGGCCAUUGUUUUGGGCCCUUUUCAUCAGCUUUGUACUUGGAACUGCUUAUUCAAUCAAUUUACCACCAUUGAGAUGGAAGAAAUCUGCUGUAGUUGCUGCAAUGUGCAUCCUAGCUGUUCGGGCGGUGAUAGUCCAAGUUGCUUUUUUCCUGCACAUGCAGGUGCACGUGUACAAAAGACCAGCUGCCUUCUCUAGGCCCCUAAUCUUUGCAACUGCAUUUAUGAGCUUCUUCUCAGUUGUUAUAGCAUUAUUUAAGGACAUACCUGAUAUUGAGGGAGAUAAAAUAUUCGGCAUCCGAUCUUUUACAGUACGCAUGGGGCAAAAGCGGGUCUUUUGGAUUUGUAUUUCGCUACUUGAAAUGGCUUAUGGUGUUGCCGUUUUAGUGGGAGCAUCAUCUGGCUUCAUGUUGAGCAAAUGCAUCACGGUUUUGGGACAUGCAAUUUUGGCUUCGGUACUGUGGAACAGGGCCAAAUCUGUCGAUCUCAACAGCAAAGCUGCAAUCACAAGCUUUUACAUGUUUAUAUGGAAGCUGUUCUAUGCAGAGUACCUACUUAUACCGCUUGUUAGAUGACGAUUGCAACUUUUUUCGGAGUCAAGGUUGCCUUCAUAAACUUAAAGGGUGAAAAUCAACUGCUGGUAGGUGGAAUUUGAGAAUACAAUUAGGAAACUUAUGAGUGCAUCCAGUGACUGCAUUCGUUUAUCUGCAUUUGGUACUCUGUUAUUUCCUUGGUACAUUAUGUCACCCUCCUGGACUGGAUUCCUGGAAUUUUUUUAGGAACAAGAGAGAACAUUGAUCUAGCAUGUUGCAUACACAAGAUAAUGCACUCGACUCGUCUGGAGCCUUUUUUGCAUAUCGAUUGAAAUGUCGGAAUGAUUUGCUUUA